AUGACAACGUUUGACCCCGAGUCCCACAGUAAGCGUCGCGAGGCUGGAAGAAAACUGCUGGAAGCCGUUGAGGACUCAUCUACUGAAGCGCUGUGGCAGAUGUAUUCUGGUGCAAGAGCAUCGCUGCCGUACCGCGAUCGUAUGUCGAACUUGACUUGGCGCAUGCUUGGUUUGCGUGUCAAGACAAUGCUUACAGCUCGCUCUACGACAAAUCCCGUGAAAACGCCGUCAGAUAGCUUGGACUACCUAACAGAAAUUCGUGCCACACCUGUUGUUGCCAACGACAUGCAUCCAACUAGACGUCAUCCGUCGGUGGAUAUCCCGACCAAUACCCAUCAUAACAGCAAUGGUAAUCUCUAUGGGCUCGAUACUCACGCACAAUACGGCUCUUUCUCAACUUUCGAUCAGCACGUAGGGUUUAUGGCUGAUCUCGACGCGGACCAUUUCAACGUUCUAGGCAACCGCCAACGCGACGAGGACGAAGAAGACGACGAUGUUGGGCUCCGUGGAGUAGCUCCUUAUUCGUCUCCGGCCCUGGUAAGCGACAGUGGGGUCUCUUCUACCGGUGGGAACAAUACCAAUAAUAUCAACAUCAACACCGCUACGUCUUCAUUUGCACCAGUACCGUCGUCAUUCCCCCAAAUGGAUGCUUCCUCCGCACAUUCGUUCGGUACCGCCUUCUCGUCCUCCGCAAUCACAAAUCCUCAGACUUUUUUCGACGAACAAGAUUUUUUGCAUCCGCUCAACGAAACCCAGGAUGAUCUCACUCCCUCGAUGCCCCCACUCCAUGCUUCUAACUCACAAGUCUCGCUGCCCGAUCUCUACGAUAGACACUCGAACAUCACCCCAAUAUCCAUUGCAAGGCCGAACUCGGCAUGGCAAGGCCACAGCGGUACGAUGGGAUCAGUAUCGCCAAGUUCAUCCAUACUAGUUGCCUCUUCAUUGCCGAAUUCUCAGCAAUCACGUCGUUCGACAAAUGUUAAUGCUGUGAGGAAGAAGCAAAUCAAGACUUCGAGUUCUAGAAGAAGCAGCUCCAGCUUUGCACCUAUGAACACCGGCAAUGCGGUAUUGUCGAAUAGCGUAUCGCAGGAUAAUGGAGGUGCUCUUUCUGAUCACAAGGCUCGUAGGCCGUUAUCUGCAGGUGGAGGCCCCGCUGGAAUUGGCAACGGUGCCAAGGCAGAAACGCAGUGUACAAACUGUGACACCAAGACUACGCCCUUAUGGAGAAGGGAUCCCGAGGGUAAUCCUCUGUGUAAUGCUUGUGGACUUUUCCUGAAACUGCAUGGUGUGGUGAGGCCACUGUCCCUGAAGACGGACGUUAUCAGAAAGCGUCAAAGAACGACCAGUAAACCUCCCGGUCAGUCGACAACUUCUUUUAAAAGUGAGCCAUCUUUGAAAGACGCAGUACCGAGAGCAAGGAAGCCCGCCACGAAGAAGAAACUGUCAUCAACCAGUAUCUUGGAUGCAUCUCAGCCGGCUUCUUCCAUCGUACCGCAGGGCUCUGUUGCGAGACGAAAAAUCAAAUCAAGCUCUAAUGGAAAAGACCUUGACAGUAAUGCCAGUAGUGAAAGCGGGUCAGGAACCCCAACUCCGGUUACAACUUCGUCAAUAGAGGCACAACACUCAUUUCAAAGGGCGCAAUCCAUCAACCCAUCCGAAAUGGAAAUAGAUCACCCUACACUAACUUCGGAUUCCGGGUCUCUAGGACUGGCCAACCCAAACCCUAAUGGCGGUGGUCUUGACGUUUUUUUAAAUCAGUGGUCCCAUACCCAGCCCUCCGAUCAGCAAACUCCAGAGGGUGAAGUUUUUGACGAGGCUGCAAUUCAACCUGUUGCUAAAGGUGACACUUCGUUGAAUCUUACCUUGAGCUCGGCCAACACAGCUGGUGAUCAGUCGACGCUUAUGACCGAGGGUAUGGUCCCCACGGACAGAAAAAAGAAUGCUGGCGACAAUGCAAAUUGGGAGUGGCUUACUUUGAGUCUCUGA